AUGGGAAGUGACUCAGCCAUAGCCAUAAAGCUGGUACAACAGACUUCUAGCAAGAAGUUGGUUCCUGAAAUACCUAUACCUGAGUAUGUGGUGGUGGAUACAUAUGAAAGAGAUUAUUCACGCACUUUUGCUCAGCCAACAUCUUAUAUACACGCUAGAGGAGCCCGGGCCGAGAUUGGAGAAUUUGUUGACUACAAUCUUGACAAUGAGGAUGAAGAUUGGCUUCAAGACAUAAACAGAGAGAGAAAGGCUCUUGCAGCUGAAAAGCUGGAGACUAUUCUGCACAAAUUAGAGGUUUUAGAUCACAAGGCCCGAGAAAGAGCAGGAGUGAUUACUCCUACUCUUGGCUCGCCUAUCCUGGUGCUCCUAAGUUUUGAUGCUGCUGUUGAGGCACUGCAAUCUCUAACAAUCAAAUAUGGAGUUUUCCAAUCAGUUUAUACUUACUGGAAAGACAAGCGGGAACGGUGGCAGAAGCCUAUUCUUCGGCGUUUGCAGCCUCCUCCACCUGUUAGUGAUACCAAUCCAUAUAAUGUAUUUAGGCCAAGGGAGAAGGCUCACAGGCUUCACACAAGGAGGAUGCAAAGGAGGGAAAACAAUGUGCAGUCAUUUGAAAAGCUUCGCCAGGUGAGCGUGGAGUUACAGAUGGAGUUCUUAAUUCGUUUCUUCUGUGUUCUGACAACUAGAAACAAAAAACAAACAAUUGCCAAACAGGGCUUUCAUUUGUGGUUGUUUUAUCGUGUCCUUGCCCCUUAUUGGCCCAGGCCACUCUGUUAUGACGAUCUUGCUCAGCAUCUUUCUUAGUCUGCUGGCAACCCGUAUUAUAAACA